CUUGAAAAAAUUAAAAAUCCGCAUAAAACUUGCGGACUUCCUUGUCGCAAAAAACUUGCGGAUAAACUGAAAAAAAUUUCUUGCUGAUUUUCCGUAAGGAAAUACUAGCUGGAUUACACAUGGCCGAUAGUACAAAUUAUUUUUUACUAGAUAAAUGAUAAUAACAAAUGACCUAGGUAAUUAAAUUCUAGGAUAAUGAAAAAACGAAUUGUCUGUAAGUGGAACGACGCCUAUACUAGUGAAAAUGAAAAAUCAAACGAUAUUAUGCACAAUUGCAAACUUCAGUUUGACAUUCUCGAUGUUUCGGCCACAAAAUUAGAACGUCGUUUAGAAGCCGAUUCAAAAGCUAGAAACAAGAAAAUGGCAAAACAAGAAGCUUUCCGUAAAAUUUAUGAAAUUUUGAUUGCUGAUUAUGGGCCUUUUAAUCAAAUAAUUGUGGUCAAUGAAAACAAAAAAGAAAAGAAAGAAAAUAUUGUGACAGAAAUGACUGAAAAUGAAGAGAAUUUGGUUGUGAUUGAGGAAGGUGAAAUAAUAGAAGAAAAGGUUAUAUCAAAUAAUAAUGUAACAACAAUCACUUCUACAACAGACAAAUAUUCAUUAACACUUUCUCCAAAGGAUUUGAUAGAACUUUCACAUAUUGAAAGAAGCCAAGAUUGUAAUGAAACAAUUGAUAUUAGAAUGCUUUUGAGUGAUAUAUUAAUUGAUAGAGAAGUGAAUACUCCGCGCUCUGAACGUUUACUGAGAUGUAUUUUGGAAUGGAAAAAUCCUCAAGUUGAGCGUGUAUUUAGUCAGGCAACUUUGGAAUUUAUUGAGACUGCCAAAAGUCAAAUCCAUGAUAUUUUCCAAGUUUAUCUACAAAUUUCAACUACUCAUAACAACAAAAAGUCUAUGUUGUGUACUUUUGGAGGCGAAGGGAGUGAUUUGCAGAGAGCAAGAGGUAUUUUAUUUUUGAAGUUUAAAGAAAAAUUGGAACAUUAUACAGGAAUGGGCCAGGUUGGGAAAAAGCCGGGUCGGGGUUUGGGUGACCCCGCACAUAUAUGCUAA